CAUUGAACAGCACCCAUGAAACAAUACAAACGUGUUUAACCUGCACGAUGCAGUGCUCUCAAAUAUAAAAUACAUUUUUAUUUUUCAUAUUAAAAAAAGAAACAACUUCCACAAUACGUAACACAGGUAGAUAAGAUUGGUGGAUAAGAUUGGUAAAUAAGAUCGGUUUCACAUGUAAAUAUCGUCCAAUCACAGAUCUCCCAAAAGUAAGGAAAUCGGGGGUGAUCGAUUGGCUGGCCAAUCUAUCGGUGCACCCUACCAUAGAACCACAUUUUGCUGCAGUUAGUUACAUCCCCAAAUCUUUUUGGGCUAUGUUUUGUACCUGUUUUGCUUGUCUAGAGACCAAAAUUUUUGCUCGUUCCUAGUUGCUCAAGCUCAGUCAGACUGAUUAGAAAGUGUCUGUGAACAUCAGUUGUGAAGUCCUGCCACAGAAUUCCAAUUGGAUUUAGGUGUGGACUUUGACUAUGUCAUUUUAACACAUGAAUAUGCUUUGAUUUUAACCAUUUCAAUGUUGCCCUGGUUGUAUUCGGGGUUGUUGUCCUGCUGAAAGAUGAACCUCAACCCCAGUCUUUUGAAGCCUCUAAUGAUUAUUCUUCCACGAUUGCCCUUUAUUUAGCGCAAUCCAUCUUUCCAUCAGUUCUGACCAGCUUUCCAGUCCCUGCUGAAGGAAAGGUAUCCCCACAGCAUAAUGCUGCUAUCAUUUAACUUCACAGUGGGGAUGGUGUUUUCAGAGAGAUGUGCAGUUAGUUUUUGCUAUACAAAAAGUUCAGUUCAGUUUAACAAUAUGCAUUGUUUUCCUUCCACUUGACACUUAAGUUCAUCUUUCGAAAAUCCUUUAAGAUGCAUUGAAGUUUGCUGCUAUAAGGUGACAACAGAUAAAAAAGAAAAGUUCAAGAAAUACUGUUUUUAAUAAUGAAUAUUAGUAAAAAAAAAAAAACAGUCCAUAUGUCUGCAUUUAACAGACAUUGAUUAUUUGUAAUGACUAUUCGUGAAAAAAAACAGUCCAUAUGUCUGCAUUUAACAGACAUUUAUUAUUUGUAAUGAAGGCAAAAGGGGAGCAAACAAGAUUGUGUAACUGAAAUAUGACAGCUGCAGUCUUGCUGUUCAGUGUGGAGAGCGACAUUAAGUAGAUUUACUGUCUAAUCGCAGCAAUUCUCGCGAGACCUAGUACUUUUCGCACCCAAAAAACAGGGGGCGAGUCCACACCGAGAUGAGUUACGUUACGGGUCGCCUGUUCCGUGUUCUUAUUGUUUGCAGAUCUGAUUGAGUAAUCAAUCAAGAUAUAAAGUCCUUCCACCGCUGUCUCUAUCGGUUACCCCCCAGUUUAAUUUUAGUGGCGUGCAAAUAACCGAACCGUCGCUCUGGAAAAUGGGUUCUUUGUAAGUAAGACAGACAGUAAAAAGUUCUGCAGCGCUUCAUUCGCAGAUCUGUGGGACGUCCUUUCCCUUCAGCAACGUCCUCGGUUGAUCUGAAUUCCUCGUCCGCUGAGACGCAUGAGUGGAGUCUAACUGAGUAGGCGUAUUCUCACCGGGAGGGAAAAAGUCGUUUGUUUGCUCUCUGCGCACUCUGCUUUAACUCCAAGGACGAGAGCCGAACAUGGCCUUUCGCCCCAGCCUGUCCGACCGAAACGAAACGGUAAACUACCUGAUGAUGACCGAGAGGGAUCGCUUGGAGACCAUCGACGCAUACGCGUGCCCAACUCUGGAGCUCAGCAGAGCCGUAUCGGUGUCGCUGGGGUUGGACUCACUGUCGUCUCCGCUCAGCGGUGUGAGCCAGUGCCCCAGCAGCGCUUUCGCAGACUUCGACCAAGCGGCCGCUGGCGGCGGAAGCAGUUCCAGCGGAGCGCAGGAGUUGCGCACGCUGGGAAAUGCGAGCUCAGAUGGCAGCAGGCUCGUCCGAAUUGACAGCAGCCUCGGAGUGGACGAAUUUGUGGAGGUGUGCCACGGCUUGCGGCAGGUGAGCUGCGUGGAUCAGUUCACGUCCGGGGAGAUGAAUGGUGCACAAUCUGUGACGCGCGGCUCGGUGAUCUCCAGAUUUGUUUCCAAGGACUCAAGCAUGUUCAUGAACUCAAUAGCGCAGGUUCCCACGACCCCUCAAGUAACUGAGGUUGGACCUCUGAAACCACUCUCUGCCGAGGCGAACCUGUACAGAGAGACCCAAGGUGUGUGGUGCGCAACCGAGCGCGCAUAUGGCGAGCGAUCCGAGCCGUAUGGAGGCGCGUACGACGGACACAGUUUCUUGUGUAAAUACUGCGGACAAACCUCUUUCGGACCCAGGCAAGAGUGCAACUGCGUGUGGUACAGGAGAGGGAAACGGAGCGGUAAAGGUGGCUCGCCAGCUUCCACGGUUCAGGCGUACGGCCAAGUGGAAAGUUACCCAGACGCGAUUCCUCAAGGGCAAAGCACUUUUUCCACUAUCAAGACUGAACCUUCCGUUUGGGUGCACUGUACAGAUCGCAGGUUCAGGCACGAGGAUUUUUUCCCAGGCGUGUUCCUGUCAGACAGGAGAGUGUGUCAGGUGUGCGGCGACGAUGCCUCGGGUUGUCACUAUGGAGCGGUCACCUGCGGCAGCUGCAAAGUGUUCUUCAAGAGGGCCGCUGCAGGAAAGCAGAACCACCUGUGUGCCAGCCGGAAUGACUGCACCAUCGACAAGCUGAGGAGGAAGAACUGCGCCUCGUGUCGGCUAAGGAGGUGCUUCAUGUCCGGAAUGAGCUUGAAAGGCCGGAGGCUGAAGGGAGUCGGACAGACGAGAAGCGGAGAGGAGGAGCAGCAGCCCGCUGCCUGGGGGCAUGGAGAAAGGGAAGGGAAGUACGACGUUGUCUUGGAGCCUGGAAAUGCUGCUGCCAGGGCUCAAGGGCCUCAGCUUUCAGGGAUCCCUCCAGCUAUGCGCUCCUGCCUCUCUCUGCUCACCAUCCUGCAGUCCAUCGAACCUGCUGUGGUCAACGCCGGGCAUGACCCAGCCCAGCCAGACAGCCCCGCCUCUUUGCUCACCAGCCUCAACGAGCUCGGAGAAAGACAGUUGGUGACGGUGGUGCGCUGGGCCAAGGCAAUACCAGGUUUCCGUGACUUGCAUGUGGACGAUCAGAUGUCAGUGAUUCAGUUGUCUUGGAUGGGGGUGAUGGUGUUCGCUUUGGGCUGGAGGUCCUACACGCUCACAAACUGCUCCAUGCUCUACUUCGCCCCCGACCUGGUCUUCAACGACCAGCGUAUGCAAGUGUCCAGCAUGUACGAACACUGUGUGAGGAUGAAGCUGCUCGCCCAGAGGUUCUGCAAGCUGGAGGUUACCGAGGAGGAGUUCCUCUGCAUGAAGGCCCUGGUCCUCUUCAGCAUCAUGCCAGUGGAGGGCCUGAGAAGCCAACGCUGUUUUGACAAACUGCGGACCUCCUACAUCAAGGAGCUGGACCGCUUGGCAAGCCACCACGGGGAGACCACCCGGACACAGAGGCUGUUUCAGCUCACACAGCUACUGGACUACCUUCAGUCGGUUGUGAGAAAGUUGCACCAGUUCACCUACGACCUCUUCAUCCAAGCUCAGUCACUGCAGAUGCGAGUCAACUUCCCAGAGAUGAUCUCUGAGAUCGUCAGUGUUCACGUGCCCAAGAUCCUCUCGGGCAUGGUAAAGCCCAUCCUUUUCCACAACACGGCUUAGAGGUCCCGGCCAUGUCCGGCAAAUCAGAAACACGAGGACGCUUUACGGUUUUACGAGGUGACGGAGCCAUUGAAUUGGACCCUGACAGACGGAGGGAAUGACGCAUUCUUAUAGCGUUUUGUAAUCCAGUAACGUCCAUUCUGCUCUUCUUUCUGCUCACUCCAUCACACACAUCAUAUGGUUCUCUUUUUAUGUGGGGGAGGGGGGCUGAUCACAGCACUUGCAUGCAUUCCUGAACAUCAGGGGCAUAUAAAACCUCUUCAGCUCUUCUUACUGAUUAUUGUCAGCUGAAAGAUAAAGCCAGUACCGUAGUGAGAAAAACAUGUUUGCAGUGUUCUCAUCCCCAAAAGCUUUUCUUCUGUGUGCUGCAGUUUGACAUUUGAACUAGCUUUUCUCCACAAUGAAUGUUAUUGUGUGCACCUGAGAGAGAGAGAAAACUGCUUGAUUGACAGUUAUUAAUAAGGCAGUUGUGACUUGCAUGCUAAGAGGAAAGGCUAUCCUGCCUGAAAGCAUAUAAAAACAUUUUUUAAAGCAGUUCUCAUGUCUUAUAAAACUUGACUAAUAGUUUCAUGUAUUGUUCAGUGUGUUAAAAUGAGCACCUUUAAAGUGCAAGUGACUGCGGUUAAGCUGAUUUUCAGUGUAUAUUUAUGAAAAAAAGUAAAAUAAAUACUCAUGAUGCAAGUAUAAAAUGAUCAGACAGAAAGGUCUCAAAGACUUGUCCAUUAACACUGGGUGACUUUCUAAAAAAGAAGCUUUUUGGAGUGCCAAACACUGUCCAUGUGCAACUUUUUCAAAGUGGAUAUUUCAUACUGCUGUGGAACUUUUCUACUGUUUCCUAAAGGUGUUCUUUGCAAAUGCUUUCUGGUGUGUCGUCAUGUGUUCAUUGUUGCUUCAAUAAUAAAUGUUCAACAAAGACA